CCACAAGGCGUGUAUCUUGUUGAGGGAUAGUGUAGUGACUGCCAACAUCUGAAAUCGCAGCCUUUCACGCCCACGAAGCACUUGAAGCACUGUUGGCUUUGGCAAGAUAUAACGAUGCUGUUGCCCAUCCUGACAUGGGCUGGUUGCCUAUCAUCUCUGGCUCUUGCAGCCCCUGCUCUCCCCGAACAGGUAGUUCUCUCCGAUGGUAGGGUGACGCCUUCGCCUCGUCCCCUUGUUAUCUGGCAUGGUCUAGGCGACACAGCCCUUUCGCCGGGCAUUUCAAACUUCAUCAACAGGACGCAAGAGAUCCAUCCCGGCAUCUAUGUGCACUCUGUACAGGUACCAGAGGAUGGUACGGAAGAUGACGAAAGAAAGGCUGGGUUCUGGGGUAAUGCGGUAGCUCAGAGCUUGGAGGGGUGCGAGCAGAUCAAAGCUAUCGACGAGCUGAAAGAUGGAUUUGAUGGUAUAGGAUUUUCCCAAGGCGGUCUGUUUCUCCGAUGGUAUCAACAGUACUGCGACGGCCCUCCAAUCCACAACCUCGUCACCUUUGGUACCCCUCACUAUGGCAUUUCCGCUCUCAUUCCCUGCCCAACGCCUCCAACUCUAUCCUGUCUCCUGGCAGCACGCGCGGCCCGAGCAGGAAUAUAUCGCCCUUGGGCACAAGAACACCUCGUGCAAGCGGCUUAUUUCCGGGACACGGAGAGACUAGAAGAGUUCUGGGAGAUUAACGGGUGGUUGAGGGAUAUGAAUGGCGAGAGGCCUUUCGGGAGAGGGGAGGACGAUGGAGGGCAAGGAAAGAGAGGCGAAGGAAAGGGGCUGGGAGACUUGGACAACCUGGUGGCGAUCUUGUUUGAAGAUGACCAUACCGUUUCUCCGGCGCAAUCUUCACACUUUGCAUCCUAUGCCCCAUCCAACAAGUCAGAGAUCAUCCCUCUCCAUGAUCAAGAUCUUUACAAGGAUGAUUGGAUCGGAAUCAAGUCAUUGGAAGAGAAGGGUGGGCUGCAAUUGGAAAAAUGCCCGGGAGAGCAUAUGGAAAUCGGAGGGGAGAGAGGAUGCGGUGAAAGGAUGGUCAGGAGAUGGAUCGGGUGGGAGAAAUGAGGCAUCGAUCCUGAAAGGUUAUCGUACGACCGCAUGUACAGUAUAUCCUUCGAUA